AUGGAGGUUCUAUGUCUCAUCUAUGGAAUUCCUUCCCUCAUUUUGACAACUUUCUUCGUCCCAUUUUUGAAUCGAAAUGAGUUUAAAUACUCUUUCUACAAAAUCUUGCCAUGCAAUCUAGUUCUGAAUAUCUUCUGUUACCUAAAUGGGUGGUUUAUUCGUUUUUGUUCCUGGAGUUUCUCGGUUCCAAUGAUGCUUGUCGUUUAUGAAAAUUGCAUUAUUGCAUUUCAUUUUACUUCGUGUUCGGUGAACUUUUAUUACAAUGCUCAAGCAAUAGGUGUGAUUCUCCUGACAAUUCAUCGACUCACUUCGUCUAAAUACAUAACAGCUAAUCAGUUCUGGAAUAAAUUUUAUCACAGUGUAUACGUAUUAGUAAUAACUCUGAGUCUGGGGCUUGCUCUUUUUGUAUACCUUAAUGGGUACAUUCUCCCGAAACAUUUUGAUUAUACCACAGAAAUGUUUCUGGCUACUCCAGUUGAUCCGAUAAAGUAUGCGAUGCUCAGCAAAAUAUUUUUCAUUGAAAGCACCAUCUAUUUUUCUUCUAUUUUGAUUUUGAACAUUUCGACUAUAAUUGCUAUCCGACAACGUUUUAUAAUCAACUCUACCAGUAAAAAAACACAGAAAUUAAUGAGAAACUUGACAACAACUGCUCUCAUCAAUUCUUCUUUAUUUUUCAUUGUUUUUGUCUGGCAGCUUCUCGGAGCAAAUGUAUUCGGUGUCCAGUUCUUCAUGGGCAGUAUGUAUAUUUUAUCGGAUGCGUUAUCCUUAUCUCUUCCUUAUAUUCUGCUAUCAUUUGAUCAAAACGGUCGGAGCACGCUGGCUAAAAUAAUUGGAGGACAAGCAGCUAUUCUGGCCAAAAACAUAGGCGGUAAACCUCAAAGGACUACGAGUGUUGUCAGCAUUAUCUAA